CAGCAUUUUAAUCAGCCUUUUUUGCAUUAUGGGAGUACCAUGUCAACAAUAAAUGGUACGAUUCCAGGUCCCGGUGUGGUCCAAUGUUCUGGAUUUAUGUCACCUGGAAACUUUCAAUCCUAAAAUACUUUGGGCUAACCGGCCUCUUAAAUAGGAAAUAUAAUUAGCACAGGCAUAUAGAUAAAUACGUAUCUGAGGAUGCCGACAUACAAGGUCUGGAUAAUAUAUAGACAACAAUAAUAAUCAUAAUAACAAAGAUGGGACAUUGGACUGGGAAGGGGAAGUUUGGACUUGCAAUAAACAAUGCAAAAACUGCCUUUGGAAAAAUAUCUCUUUGACCACAGUUUGUUAAACUUGACCUUUACUCUUGUUAAAUUCGAUUGAUCCCCGGGAUCAGUGCUUCUCCUUACACUCUAGCGAAAGGACUCGUGACCUUCAUCAAUUCACGGUUAAACUUCUAUUAAAUUAAUGUUUGUUUCCUUCUGUUGUAUUUGAAUUUCUGAUGGGUUCCCCUAGGGGCAAGAUCCUUUGUUUUAAAUCCUCCAAGGAAAAGAAAACAAAAGAGUUAGCCCUACCCCUAGGGACACCCUAUCUCAUGUUAACAGAAAAGAAUAAUAAAUAAUAAUAAAGAACAACAACAAAAAAAAAAGAAAAAUACAUCUGGUCGAACCGUGACCUCUUGAUCAGUACGCCCAUGUUUUAACCACUGGGCCACGAUGGCAAAGUUUGUACAAGUAUGGCUAAGACCGGGAUUUAUUUCGCCGUCACUCGCCGUGCUUAUCAACACAGCCGAAGUUAAAUAGGAUUUUAACGAAAAAAUUUCAUAAAUCGUUUACUUAAAAUUCUAAUUGUUAAAGUAAAAUUACAAUUUGAUUCAUCGUACAUGUAUCGUUCUGUAUCAAUCUCCGAGUUAUGCUGCCAUUGGCUGCUUGAUUUAGUUUUCUGUGCUAAGAGCCUAGAAAUUGUUUUGCCAUGAUAAAUGAGUUGGAGUGGGCCAGCUCAUAUACGUGAUUGACCAAUCAAAACUCAAGGAUUCAACUGUUCGUAUUUUAGAAAGCAUUCUGUUGAUAUAACGCACCGUUUUAUAUUAGAUGCAUUCCGACUUAACGUUUAUCAACUUUUUUUAAAUAACUUGACUACCGACAACUGCUUGAAAUUUUAACUGACUGCCAACAUUGAGAACGAAUGUAGUUGCUUGAAAAAUACAAAAGAAAACUUGUUGUCAAGAAGCUAAUAUCUUUGAUGAAUAUUGCCUAAAAAUAKAAUUUUUAAGUAAAAUGUCGCCAGUCAGUAGAUAUGAUUUUUGUCGGUAGUCAAUAAAUUUUGUUCAAAUUUGAUAAGUUGUUAUUUUGUCCAUUUGUCGCUAGUCAGUUAACCCCAUUCAGACCCUGAAACAAGAACAGAACACCCAUUCUUGGAUGAUGACAGUUAUGGAAACUGCCAGACUAGACUAAUAGGGUAUUAUAACGCUUUGUUUAAUGAUAUUCCUAGACUAAAGACUUCACACCUUGUCAACACCAAGCACAGAAAGUGCCACCAACAGUUGAAAUGUCUAAAGUGUCUAAAGGCAAAGGAGCUGUCUCAUCGUCUCUGCUGUUUUUUAGAGCUGAUAGAUUAGGAUUUGGAUCAGGUUCACUCAUUAACUGUAAUGCAGGGGAAGGAGAUAUCCCCAGUGAUUGCCCCCACGCCCCUAACAAACGUUCGCCCCUUAUCAGCGCCAGCAGAUUUACGUGUUAUUACAUACCGAGUUGAGGCAUAGUGACAUUCCGAAGUUUUUUCGUACAGAUAGAUACAAAAUCUUGAGUAUUUUUGAAGCCCAGUGAGGAGGAUGUCCGUAGUAUCAAUGGAAAUUGAUCGACAAUUUGAUGAUGAAAGUAGAAGACAACGAGGAGAUAGGAAGGAAAGAGAAAGAGCAAGAGAGAGAAGAGCAAGAGAGAGAAGGGAUAGAAGGGAUGAUGCAAGAUCAGAGAKGAUUGAUAGAGAAGAAAGAGCAGAAAGAGCAGAAGUGAAAAGCAUCGAAAGGGAAGAAAUAGAGAGAGAAAGAAGAGGAAUUGAGGAGARGAGACUAAGCAUGGAAGUUCAGAGGUUAACAGCUUUGGAAGAAAGAAGAAGGGCAAAGCUAAGGGAACGAAACAAGAGAAGACGACAGCAAAGACUGGAAAAGCGCAAAAAUGUGGAUUUGCGURAACGCCUUGGUCCACAAAGGAGAUGCAAGUUCUGUGGUGGAAGUCAUCACUGGACGUCAUGUGUCACGACGCGACCGGCCAUAACCCCUACUGUAACAAAUAUAUAUAAUAUACAAAAUGCAGUAUUCAGAUAAAGAUGUCAAAAACAAAUUGUACUGUUUAGUAAAAAUUCAAUAGUGUGCUAGGAAUUAAACAAACGACGCGGCUCGAAGCCAACCAGCUAAAUGUCGAUAAUAGAGAUGAGGAGCCUGUUCAUGACACAGACACUGGAAAAA